GGAAUGGCUCAGCGCGUGCAAUCCUCCCUUGUUCUCGGCCCGGAUCUCCGCCGUACUCUGCUGGGCACAGUGGUUCUGACGAUCUUCUUCUCUAUCUACAAGCCUGACGAGUCGCCAGACAUCUCCUUCAACAGCGCCUUAAUCGGGGACAGGUUCUUUGCCACCGAGGAAUUUGAUGUGUCGUGCUUGGAUGAGACGGACGCGGAUAAGAAAAUUCAGGGAUUCAACGAUACAACUGUAUCUCUGCUGUGCACGAUUCCGCCUAAGGAGGAGGGUCCUCGAUCGUUCGAACUCUUCAACACAGAAACAGGUGCGCAGCUGGAUCUGAUUCUGAAAGAACAGCUGGGGCAGCUGGUCGACGGAAGAGAAGGUACGUGGCAGUAGGUAUGUCAGCCGGAAAGCGCUAAUUCUUGCUUGUUCUGUCGCUGAUGUGUGCGUCGAUCAGCAUUAGCGAACUGCCGCGGAUUCGAGCUGCAAAACGUUCCCAUCGGCUUCGACGCUGGUGCGACCUUUCAAAACAUUAUCAAGGAUUCCAGGUCGAUUGGCAAGUAUCUGGGCGUUGCCGCUAAAGAUGGAACUCUCGGAGAUGACACUUGUGUUGGUGUCAGAGUGAAAUGGAAUCAUAGUUGCAAGGGCAUAGAGAGGGGACAGAACGGCUUAAUUGUCUCCGUCCAAGUGGUGCAAUUUUUGAUGGUUAUGGCGAUGUGGGAGCUACGUGUCAAGACAAGUACAGGAAUUUCACGGCUCCUCGGGCUGACCGGUAUGGGAUCGGGACUGUUACCUUGAAUGAAACGUGCUUCAUCGGAUUUGAAUGCUGUAAGAAAGUCAUGAGAAUGAAGUCUCGCACUUUCUCGACUGUCUUGUUUCGUCAUCCUUUCACUCUUUGACUGUUUUAGUUGAGGCGUGCCCCCCAGCCAUCCUCAAUGCGUCGUCUACCGCCCAGCCAUCCACCUAUCGAAUUAGCGACCACAAGGACAUCGAUCAUUGUAUCACAAUGUCGGAGGCCAAUACUACAAUCGACAUGUUCGAUAGCACAAAGGCUUCCUUCAGCUGCGAAGGCGAUUGGGCUGAUUUACAGGUGCGGAUCCGAUAUGACGUCGACGAGCUGGACGGACGGGUUGUAGAAAAAAACUCUACGACGGGGAAAGUAGGGCCUGUGGACUACGUUAAUGUCGACUUUAAGGGUACUGUGGAGCAGGUGUCUCCGCUGAAUUGCAGUGGGACGUUUAUCUUUGUCAAAGGUCCGUGUGGGGAGGAAGUCACCUGGACACUCACAUGCACACACACGCACAUACGGGCACACACCGUAGAUCGUUUUGGUAUCCUGUUUGUUUCACAGGCACUCUCGUCGGCAGCCUAUUCUUUGAUGCGAGCGGGCCAGACGGGAAAUACGUUCCCGUCAUCGAGAGACCAGACUUUCGAUUCGUGCCUGAGCUGUUCCUCACGAGUAGUGCGCCUUUGGGGAAUAUGGACUUUACAAUCCUCUCUGUCCCUGGGAAUGCCACAGAUGACGAGUGCUUUCGUGACACACAGAAAUUCAGCUACAGGAAGAGAGGCCGGGCUGUAAACGAUGGAAACGUGAUUUCCCGGCUCGUUGCAGUCCCCACCUUGGAGGUUGAGGGAUCGGAAGAUUUGAAUGGGACCCCGGAGGUCUAUGCUUUCGUCCCGAUCUAUGAAACGCUGGACCGGGACAAGGAAGAGAGAGGGCUGCCCAGACUCUUCCAAUCAUCCAUUACUGGGCCUUUGCUCGAAGUGUGCCAAAUCAAGGAAAAAAGCGAAGGCAAAGGUGCGAUCGAAGGAAGGGACAGGAGAUAUAUGUUUCUCCCUGCUUCGUCUCCCCACCCAGAUUCGACUGCCGUGCAGAUUCAGUGCCUCGCUCAUGAGCCCAUCGAGCUGGUUGCGAAUGGUGCGGUCGUCGACGCUGACGAAGCCUUCCUGAAGUGAGAGUAUAAUCCAUGCAGCGGCAAGACAGACGAGGAGCCUAUGUAUGUGUGUGUCUCUUUCCUGCCAGGACUAUCGCCCGAGUGCAGACAAAAAACGGCCCCGAUUCCGGCCUGAAGCUCCAAUCGCAGUUCGUCAACAUCAAUUGUUCAUGUCAAGACAUCGAGCGUUUCGAGAACGAGACCGCUUUUUUCAUUGAUCCGCAGAACAGCGAGGCGCUCAUCGUGCGGACCAUUCCUCUUUCUGUCGACGUAGAUGGGGACAAAGUGGAGGAAGCGCAUUAGACAAUGUGCGCCUUCAUCCGCUGGGGUUGAUACACACUGGCGGCUGCGCGUUGACCCAUUUUCGCAUUUUCUGUGAUCGCAUCCGAUUCGUUGCGAUUCGUAAUCGGCAGCACACACGCCUGUGUGACGUGCCUCA